AUGGGUCAAGAAUCUUUCAAGAAAGUUGUAUAUAAGCUCAGUAAGCCACUAAUCAGUGAUGAUGGGAAGGUUUAUUUGUGUUCAGAAAAGAACUUUUUUGCCUUUGAAAGCAAUGGUUCUGUCGCGUGGACGUUAUCUCUCAGUUACAGAUGCAGUCCAAGCAUAGCUCCAGUUCAAGGAGAAUCACGAAAGAUAUAUGUGAUUGCAGAAGAUAGAGUGCUGAAGAUCAAUCCGUUGAACGUAGGAAGUUCUGAAACAGCUGUAGAAUUGUUCUUUGGUUCGGAAUAUGAAAGACUAGGGGAUAUUGUUGGCCUUGCAGUAAGUAUAUCCAGUUCCUGUGUACUUAUCAAUGUCAAAAACCGGGGUCUCUUUGCUUACCGGUUGCAAGGAAAACUGUACUGGAGUGUUGGCCCGGUGCUUUAUCAGCAUGGAUAUCGUCAAGGUUGUAGGAAAAACAUAACAGAAUGUUAUUUUUCCUCAGUCCCCGUGAUUGAUCACUGUGAAGCUAGCAUAUAUAUUUCUAACAAUCAAGGAGAAAUUUAUGCUUUGUCAACUCGUAGUCCACAUUUCAAAUGGAUACAAGAUUUCAGUUCAUUCGGAAGUACACUUACCAUGAAAGCGGGGAACAACGGUCUGUUGUAUGUUACUGAAGCAACUAAAGAUCUGAUUCUAGCAGUUGAUGUUUCCAGGGGAAGCAUUUUGUGGCAGAAAAGCUUUGGACCGCUAAGUAUGGAAGAUUAUGCCCCUGCUGUUGAUUCUAAUGGUUGGAUAUCUAUUGGUUCAUUGGACGGAUACCUCUAUUCCUUUUCACCAAAAGGAGUUCUCAAAAAGUUCCCUAUAGUGCUUAACAUGGAUUCUGUUAUCCAAGUCAGUCCUGUUCUUGAUUGCUCAGGGUAUGCAAUCUAUGCUUCUCAGACACAGACUGAAGGAAAGGUUACUAGGAUUAUUGGAGAUUACACUUACAUCUCCGCGAUGAAACCAAAAGGUGUUAUCUUCACACUGAUUAAUCCAGCUACUGGGAUCAUCUUUUGGUCUGAACAAUAUCCUGGCCGAUUCUCCUCGGAACUUUUGACAAGUGACCUGCAAUAUUUUCUUCUAGAUGAAAGUAUCCUACUUGCAUUUUUUGCUGCUUCAACUAAUGGAGAAGGAUUUCUGUCCAGGUACUGGGAACCAGCUGCCAUGCCGAAGCUCACGUCAGAAGUUUGCAUUAAGCUGCUCACAGGUUACGCCCGAAAAUUUCAGCACCUACACAGAUUCCCUUCUUUUUCUUCAGGGAACAAGAAGACAAUUUUGCUGUUUCUGAUCUUCGAAUCUAUCAUAUUGCUAGUACUAGCAAUAACAGUAAGAUUUUGCUACAUGUUUUGGAAGAAAAAGAAGCUUCAAAAUCAACAUCUUGGGAAAUUCUUAGAUAAAAGACGAUCACUUCGACUUCAGAAGAAAGUUUUUGAUAGAUCAAUCACAAAGCUUCAACAAAAGGCUGCUGAGGAAGCAAUAGCUAAUGAUAUGCUGGAAAAGAUGGGCAAUCUAGUUAAACAAAGGGAAAACAUAGAGAGGAAGCUCUCAACAUCAUACAGUUUGGGAAGGGAUGAAAUUGGUUCUCAUUCACCAUCUCUCCUUCCUUUGUCCGAUCGUAAAACAAGGAGUUUCUCAUUUCAAGGAGCAAAGAAAGAGAGUAUUACUUUGUUUCAUACAGUCAGUGAUACUUCUUCUGAAACUAGCUGGAGUGAAUGGGACUCCGACACGAACAUAUCGGAGGAUGAAGAUGAAAUAGACAAGGGAAAGUCGCCUAUUGAAAUAUUCAGUAGCAGUGAUGAUGAGAUUUACCAAGAAGAAUAUCAGUCUACUACUCCAUCUUCCUUUGCUUCCACUUCACGACAGGUUAAUGAAAUAGAGGAAAUGAAGCCAGGAGAUCAAGAGGACUCCGUUGAUCAUCCCUUACAGAACCGCAUAAGGAAGAGGAAAUCAUAUUGAAGUAGCUAGGUAUUGCAUUAUAUGUGUUAGUUAUCCAACUGUACCUUUGUCCAACUUUAGUCCAUUACUGACGCCUAACUGGACAAAAAGCUUUCUAUUUUAAUGGAAUUUCACAAUUGCAUAAGCUUAA